UCCGCCCGGCACGCUCCACUCAGACGCGGAGUUCCGGGCGGAGCGCUUGCCGGCCCGGCCCCCGCCCUCUCCCCCUCCCCGCAGGUUCCGCAUGCUGCCGCUCUGCCGGCCCCUCCAUCGCGUCCGUGCCGCGGGCCGCCCGCCCUUGCGCUCCCUCAUGAACCUCAGCGAGCUCGUUCCCGCCCUGAAUGACUUCGCUUCCCUCUCCCUGGCUGAGAGCUGGGACAACGUGGGGCUGCUGGUGGAACCCAGCCCUCCCCACGCCGUGCGCACCCUGCUCCUCACCAACGACCUCACCGAGCAGGUGAUGGAGGAGGCGGUGCAGAAGAAUGCAGACCUCAUUCUCUCCUAUCACCCUCCCAUCUUCGCUCCGCUCAAGCGGGUAACGUGGAGAACCUGGAAGGAGCGGCUGGUGGUCCGCGCUCUGGAGCACAGGAUCGGGAUCUACUCACCACACACAGCGUACGAUGCCGUGCCCCACGGAGUCAACAACUGGCUGUCCAAGGGACUCGGUGCCUGUACUUCUGUCCCACUGCACCCAUCAACCGCUCCAAGCCAUCCGACUGAGGGCACUCACCGGGUAGAAUUCUGUGCAGACACUACGGAGCAUCUAGAGACAGUGCUGUCCAAAAUCAAAGACAUCCCAGAGAUCUUCUGUCUCACCACUCUCCCUGUCAGGGUUGAUGGGGAGGAGCAAACACGAGUCAGUCUGAACUGCUCUCAGAAAGCACUGCUGGAGGUGGUGGCAUUAUUGUCCCAGAACAGCCUUCUUUAUCGCAAGACUGAGGUUCUCUUAUUACAGAAGCCUCUUCUUCCACAUACUGGAAUGGGACGUCUCUGCACGCUGAGUGAGCCAGCCUCCUUGUCAGACAUAAUUGAGCGCAUCAAAAGCCACCUAAAAUUACCCCACAUCCGCCUCGCCGUGGGAACAGGCAAGACACUUGAUUCUCCAGUGAAGAAAGCUGCGCUGUGUGCUGGUUCUGGGAGCAGCGUCCUGAAGGGAAUGGAAGCUGACCUCUAUCUCACAGGAGAGAUGUCCCACCAUGACGUUCUGGAUGCAGUUGCCAACGGUGUAAGUGUUAUUCUGUGUGAACACAGUAACACCGAGCGAGGCUUCUUGUCAGAGCUGCGUGACAUGCUAACUAUCCACCUACAGAACAAAAUCAACAUCAUUCUGUCUGAGAAAGACAGAGAUCCCCUCCAGGUGGUGUAAGAGGGAGGAGGAAAAAAAAAAAAUGAAGUGAGAGAGCAGAGUCAAGAGUUUAGUAGAAUCUUGCACAGAGCUAUACAAAUGGAAGCUGAAUGAAGAUGCUCUGAAUUGGUCAGUAUAGCAUUGUAUUCUACAUUCACCCAAUGUUUACAAUAUAAAUUGUCAUCUAUCAGAUACGUAAUAAAUGCUUGUUUCAGGCUACUGAAAGAUGAUUUAGUCAAUAACUGGGCUCUCACUUGAAUGAAUUUACUAUGUACUAUUAUUACAUAUAUUUAAUAACCACACCAUUCAAGGGGGAGAGGGCUAAAAUAUAAAAAUCUGACUUAGCUCCAUUUUCAAGCAUACACAGCAGUUCUACCUUACUGUGGUUAUGUCAAUACAAGUCACGCAAAUUUUAGCCAAUAAAGCUCUCGAUAAUAGCUAAAGCAGUAUUGAUCACUGGUUUACAUUAACAGUUUUAAUAAGACACAGCUCAUAUGUAUAUGCAGAGCACAAUUCAGGCAUUUGGUGCUAGUAUUCAAUUGCAAAGCCUACAAAAGUAAGGGUGGUGGUUGGUUGGGGAUUUUUUUGGUUAUUUGUUUUUCAGUGGAGGGUCCCUCUAUUGAAAUACUUUGGAAGUAUUUUUUUUAAAAUUUGCUAUAACACUUCCCAUUCUCAGGCAGAUUAAUUAAAUAUGUUUUUGCUCUCUUUAAAAACAAUUCCUAUACUUGUGGCUCUCAAUUACAGGAUUACUAAAGCUGAACAAGUAGCAUUUCCAUUAUCAGUAACGAUUGGAGGAGUUUGAUGUUUCAUUUGCUUCCUUUUUUUUUUUUUAAAGAAAAAAAUCUCCCAGUUGAGUAUCUUACCAUCUCUGGAUUACAUACACACCAGAAAAAUAUCUAAACAAACUGAAAAUACUUCCAUUGCAAAUUAAUAAAUAUCUGAGUGGCAUCUUUUUAAAUUUAGUUAAUAAAGCUGGCUUACUUAGCUAGAUCUUUUCUGUGCUGCAUACAUCAAGUCAGUGCAUUUGAGUCCUGUGUGAACCUGGAACUUUCACUGAAAACUGCAUGAAGAUUUAUUGCAGUAGUUAAAAUCAUCAGGAUUCUAGGAAAUAUUUCUCCAUAACUUGGACUCUCUUUCAGCUGAGGAGGGUCUAAGUGAAGACCAUGCCUUUCCUCAGUGGAGCACUGCUAGAAGUACCCUAGUAAAAUGUCAAGAAACUGUUGCUACUGAGAGCUACCUAGGCUCUCCCAGUGGUCUCACACACAGACAAUGACUUAGAGGCAGUCUCUCCAGAACUUUGAUGUGAGGCUGUGACCAAAUGCUUGCCACCACAAGCUGUACUUCAAUACAACUUAACCACACUGUCAAGCAUUUUAACUCCCCUCUUUCAUAUCUUACUCUUGUCCAAUAAAACAACUUAAAACCAUGACACAGCCAGCCUGCUUCACUUCAAGAACACGUUCAACCUUGUAAACUAGUAAAGUGAUGUGAUUUAUAGGGAGAUCUCAACCCAUGCAGUACAAGGGAACUAGUCCUACAUCUUCAAACUGACUGGAAUCAAUUAAUUAAAUAAAACCUCCAUAGAAGGCAGCAUUGCUGCAGCCUGAAACAAGUGCUUACGUUUCAUUAUUCUUGUAGAAAAACUAAUUGAAUUCUCAGGUAUAAUGGAAGUGAUGCUUUAAAAGUAAUUGCACGUCUUCUUCCAUUUAAAUACCAAUGAAGAAAGAUAGCUAAAUUCAGUAUUAUCUGAAACUGCUAAGGUGAUAUAAAGACAAUCAUUCUUAUCAAUGCCACAAAGACAGCUAAGGGUCAAAGUGAGGGAAGAUUUCUUCCUUUCCAAAUAAAAGGGGGCUGCACAGCUGUCAGAGCUAACUACAGCUAACGCAGAGUUGGACAGUUUUAGGGGUUCUGAUGGUAGCCUAAGCAGCAAUAGGAAGGAUCUAAUGUGUUUUGCAGACCUUUAGA